AUGUCGAUUAAUAUUGCCGCUCAAGAGCAGACGUCGUCAGACAGCAAAUCGGUAUCCGAGACUGAAAAAAUGCAGAUGAUUUUCAACGAACUUAGGUCGAAUAGACCAAGAUCGCUAGACAGCUGCGAUUUCAGUAGAAUGCAGCUUCACAAGAGAUUUAUUUCUCUACCAAAUAUGGACUUGAGUACAAAUCCCACGGCCGGAGCACCUACGAAGUACGUUUGGAAAUCCGCACCCAACUUGAUGUUCCCGGAGCAGCUGAAGGGAAUGGAUGUGCGUGAAAAUUCCUCUGGCGAUGUUCCAGAAAUUGUAUUGUCGUCCGCGGAGUUGCCCGUUUCGAUGGAACCGCUAUCACGUGACGGAUCGUCUGUCCCUGCGACAUUGAUGCCACCUGCCGCUGUAGAAAACGACCGCAGGAUCGAGACGCCGUUGUCCGUCACGUCGCCGUUGUCCGUCUCGUCGCCGUUGUCCGUCACGUCGCCGUUGUCCGUUUCGUCGCCGUUGUCCGUCACGUCGCCGUUGUCCGUCACGUCGCCGUUGUCCGUAUCGUCGCCGUUGUCUGUCACGUCGCCGUUGUCCGUCUCGUCGCCGUUGUCCGUCUCGUCGCCGUUGCCACCUGUAGAAGCCGGAGAAACGGAUACGGCAACCAGCAGUGGCCGUAGUGACGCGGGGACGGACCACCUGGCGGUAACCACGGUCGCGUCUAGGCGUUCACUUUGGAAAAGGACGAAGCGGUUCGUCAGGCGUACGUUCUGCUGUGGGGCGACCGACAGCGCAGAUGAAUAG